AUGCUUGACACCGGUAACUUUGUGCUGGCAAGACACGAUUUCGUCAAUCUGUGGGAGAGCUUUGGAGAGCCAACUGAUACUCUAUUGCCUACACAAAUUUUCAGUCGAGGGAGCAAGCUAGUUGCUGGAUACUCCAGAAUGAAUCGCUCAACUGGAAGAUUUCGAUUCACUCUACAAGCUGAUGGAAAUCUUGUGCUUUACACCCUAACUUUCCCGUUAGAUUUGGAUAAUUCUUCCUAUUGUCUGGAAACAUUUACCUUGCAGCAAAAACAUGGAAGCAUACUAAAAAUGCUUUCAUCAGAAUCUCCAACAACUCAAGAAUUUUACCACAUUGCAGUUCUUGAAUACGAGGGAGUUUUCAGACAUUAUGUCUACCCUAAGAGAUCCAGUUCUAAUUUCUCUGGGUGGCCUCCUAAAUGGUCUUCCUUGUCCACCUCCUUACCUCAAAACAUCUACAUGAGACUUACAGAAGAUUCCGGUAGUGGAGCUUGCCGAUUCAACAGCUACUGCAGUCUUGGAAAUGACCAGAGACCAAAUUGCAAGUGUCCACCAGGGUAUAACUUCUUAGAUCCGAAUGAUGUGAUGAAGGGAUGCAAGCAAAACUUUGUUUCGCAGAAUUGUGAAGAAGCAUCACAAGAAACAGAACUUUUCUCCUUGGAACAGAAGGAAAAUAUUGACUGGCCACAUUCUGAUUCUGAACACUUUGAGAUGGUAACUGAGGGCUGGUGCAGGAAGGCUUGCUUGAGUGAUUGUUUUUGUGCUGUUGCAAUUUUCAGAUAUGGGAGGUGUUGGAAGAAGAAAAUUCCUGGCAUCUUCUGA